CACGUCUGCUAGGCCUCCCGUCGGCCUAUCGCUGCUCUCCUCCGCGCUGACGACGACACCCGGAAGCGACCGAGCUGCGCUGCUUUGUUUUGUUUUGGUAGUAGGAGUUGGAUAAGAGGCAGGCAGGCAGGCGGAGGGGGGACCGUGCGGGACAGAGAACCGCUCGCUAAAUGGGGAGAGCCGUCUCGGGGAUGGAAGAUGACGGACCGAUAGCUGACGCCUGCAAAAUGCCGAGCUUUAUCGGCAGCUUCGAGGAGGGGAGGGUGAAACUGUCCCGCAACCUGCAGACUGAAACUUCCUUCACGGACGGCAAAGUUGAGCGGUCGGUCAGAGAUUUUGGACCCGACUCCGGGUUGCUGACCCCGGACGGAGGUGAGAGGGAGCCGGAGGAGGGGAGCGGCGAGGAGGAGGAGAAGGAUGCGAAGGGCAACAACAACAACAACUGCAACGGCGGAGGUGGAGGUGGAGGAGAGAAGAGGAGGGCGAGCGCUGUCGAGAUUUUGAGGAGGAAUUUCGGGGUGUCAAAGUCUCCCUCCCUGCGGCUGAACACGGGCAGUCGGAUGCAGUGCGGGGACGAGCGCGAAACCCGCGAAGGAGGCGAUUAUAACGACGCGACGAGCGGUUAUGGGAGCGAAUGCGGCGACUGUGGGAAGUCGGAGCGUGAGGCGGGCGACGCGGUGGAGGAAAACGAGCCAACCCUGAGCGACUUGACGACUUUGGGGGUUCAAGCCGUUGAGAUUAUAACCGUCACAGGACGGUGUCCCAACAGGGGGGGCGGGGACAGCAACACGGACACUUUGAGCGGGUCCUUCCGCACUAAGGAGCACGUCUACUGCACUGUUUACUGCAUCGCCAACGACAGCCAUCGGAGAGAAAUCACGGACGAUGGGGCGGUCACGUCCGACGCACCAGAAAUGGACGAGGGGACGGGACGGGAAGCGGGUUCGAGUCCCCACCCGGCGCUCUACACGCUGGAGGACCUGGUGGACCCUUUCGGGGACAUGGCCCACGGGCUGUCCGACGCGCAGGCCGGUGGAGAGACAACGAUGCAGAGCUGCCGGGUGUGCCUGGAAGGGAAAUCCAUCGCACCCCUGCCCUGCUGCAGGAAGGCCGUGUGUGACGAGUGUCUGAAACUCUACGUCAGCUCCCAGGUGCGAGUAGCCAAACCUUACAUCAGCUGUCCGAUCCCAGAGUGCAGCGGCUACCUGGAGGAGGGGAUGGUGAUUUCCCAUUUAGCCAAUGAUGACGUGGCAAAGUAUCGAUACUUUCUGGAGCUGAGCCAGCUGGACUCGAGCACCAAACCCUGCCCCCAGUGCAGCCAGUUCACCUCUCUGAAGGAGCACCACCCCACCCGGUCGGAGCAUAAGUACAAGAUCCAGUGUAGCAAUUGCCAGUUUGUGUGGUGCUUUAAAUGCCACGCUCCGUGGCACAAUGGGCUCAAAUGUCGCGACUACAGGAAAGGCGACAAGCUGUUACGAAGCUGGGCUAGUGUCAUAGAGCACGGCCAAAGAAAUGCCCAGAAAUGUCCGCAGUGCAAGAUCCAUAUCCAGCGUACGGAGGGAUGUGACCAUAUGACAUGUACACAGUGCAACACUAACUUCUGUUACCGCUGUGGAGAGCGCUACCGUCACCUAAGGUUUUUCGGGGACCACACGUCCAACCUCAGUGUGUUUGGAUGCAAGUAUCGCUAUCUACCAGACAAACCUCAUCUGAGACGGUUAAUUAGAGGGUCUGUCUGUGCCACCAAGGUGCUGAUAGCUCCAGUGGUCAUUUUGCUGGUCGUGGUAUUCGGAGCUCUCGCCCUGGUGAUAGGUUUGGUCGUGUUCCCGGUCUACUACGUCUGUAAGAGGAGGAAGAAGCAGCGCACACAGGGCUCCGGACGCUGGAUCUGAAACCGGCCCUGCACCUCAUCCAGACCACACACACAAACACACGCACACACACACACAAAGCUCGGAAGACGACGCCCACACAUCUCCUCAGGGACGAGCGCGCGGCAGCCUGAGUCAUCGCGAAAAAAAAAAAAGUCUGAGAGCGGAACAUGGCGGAAUUAACACCGGCAAUUAGGGAAGUACAUAAACCAAUAGAGCGAUGCCUGGACGGACCACGCACGUCAUCACGUCGGGAACACUGCUGCGAAAGUAAUGCUUUUAUCGGGAUAUUCGAGCAAGAACCGGUGACUUCUGGAGCAAAACACUGUCUCAUAAAGUGUUUGAAUCCUUUAAAUCUCGACUAGGUUCCACAGAUAUUCUAACCAGAGGGGACUUUUUCUUGCUGGCCGGCACAUUUGCAGGAAGCUUCGGCAGUGUACAUUUGCAGCUUUUCACACAUUUAACAAACUAUCCAGCUAUCUUUCAGGAGAACGUAUGCAGUUUUUUGUUUACACUUGUGAGAAUGUGUUGAUCGGAGCCGGUUGGUUAGCCUCGAUGUGAUCACAUACUAUUAUAGGUUUGUAAAUGUUUCGCAGUGGAUACAGGAAGUUAUGAACACUGACUGCUUGGAGAGAACGAAGAGGAAUUGAGGAAUUUUUUCUUGCUGAACUUUUGCACUGAUGUGCUGCAGUUGACAGGUGCAAGAUGGAAACAAGCCAUGAUGUAAAAAAAAAAAAAAUAAGCUCUUACAGGUGCAACGCACAGCGAGACGUUGUUCAUCUUCCUCUGCUGGGAACUCAGUUUUUCAUUGGAUUUAAAAAGUCCCCCGCCGGUUUGAAGUGCUUGAUGAGCGCACGCUGUUCUAAACAGUAAGGGAGGACAGAAGUUAUAGGGAUGGAUGAAAGAUGCUAAACUAUUCUCCACUAACCUGGUAAACCUUGACUAAGCUGGAUCUCAAGUGUUUGCUAGAAGGGUUGAGUUUGGUCGUGGGUCUUCGGCUAGUUUUAAAGACCAUACACACAUCUUAGCUUUAAAGGGACAGUCCCCAAAUCCCAAAAUGUUCUUCCUGCCUGUGCUUUCUGUCCGUCUAGAUCGUUCUGGUGUGAGUUGCUGAGUUUUGCCGUAGAGAUGUCUGCCUGAUCUCCGAUAAAAUCUUACUUACUGCUCAGUAGCCAUCUUGGCAGCACCCCAGUGCAGUUAUUUCAAGCGGAUAAGGCCAAGCUGCUAUCUAAAUGAAUGGGGAGAGUGAAUGUGUCAUACAAUCAAUAUGUCUCAUAUAAUAUGAUCUUCCUACCAAAUUACAAUCAACGACCCGAUCACAGAGGGUAGCAGCAUCUGCUCCUGCUGAACAUUUGAGCUCAGCUGAGGAGGCCGCCAUUGUUGUUUACUUCCUGUGCUGUCACAAACACGAGCCUCUCGUCCGUCAGUAGAUUCAAGUAUCACAUCUCUGCGGUCGAUACCUCUAAAACACUGCAGUUCCAAACGAAAAUGAUCUAAAUGGAUACAUAGCACUUCAGCUAAGAGAGAACAGUUUUUGAUUUUGGGGUGGACUGUCCCUUUUAAAAAGGGUCCUCUUUGCAAAUACUCAACCCAGUGACCCUUCAUGGAAAUUUUGGAAGCGACAAGUGGAGUUCUGGCAAGCCUCCACUGGUUUCUGUUCUGGUUUUUACAUCAGCUCCUCCUUCUGUGUGUCCCUGUCCUCCUCGCUGUCCUUUGGGUCCCUCUCCUCCCCGCCCGCCCGGCUCGAUGGUGGCUCUCGCGCCCUCCCCGCCUGGCAGGUCGUCUCUGCUGUGCCCACACACUGUAUGCCAGUGUCUGCAUCAUCAAAAAAGAAAAAAAAGAAAAAGAGCUGCUGUGCGGCAAUCGUGCCAAAACAAAUCGCUGAAUGUGGCAGGACGGACGCGUCCCUUUGUUAGAUUUUUUUUGUUAUUUGUUUUUUAGGGGUUGUGUGUUGCUGAGGUUUGGGUGGUGAUGCUGUUGGUGUGUAGUGGAGUCCAGACAGGAAAUGACUGAAUGUACUAUUGCAAAUGGUACCUGUAGAUAAAGAGAAGUAUUUCAGAUUUGACUUUUUUAAUGUAGUUGGUGGUGGUUUGCUGAGAGUUAAACAGGGUGUUGAUUUUUUUAAAGAAAUAAGUUCGAGAGCUGCAAACAUGAGUCAGUUUAUCAUUAAAACUAUUUUGAUAAUUAAUCAUUUCAGUCAUUUUUCAAGAAAGAAUGUCAAACAUUUGCUGGUUCCAGCUUCUUAAAUUGGAGGAUUUGCUGAUUGUCUUUGUAAUUUAUGAUCGUAAAUGAAGAGUCGACUGUUGGACAAAAGAAGCAAUUUGAGGACGUCACUUUGAGCAUUUUUAAACCUUUUUUCUCCCUUUGUCUCAACUAAUCGAUUAAUAAGGACAAUGCAGCAAAUUAAUCGAUAAUGAAAUGACUCGUUAGUUGCUCAGAGGUUGUCAUCAGGUUGCUUUGCACUGAAUCUGUGGUUGAUUAGAUUUGGAUGUUAAUUAUUUGGCGAUCAGGUUUUUAAGAAUCGACGCAGAGGGUUUGGAUUGUAUCUGGUGUUUUGCUGUGACGAGAGGACGUCUGUCUGCUUGAGAGUCGGGAUAAUGACCGUGUGGUUUUUAGCCUACGCACACAGCCUCUCUGCUCAUUCACACUGGUACUUACUGCAAGAAAGCACACGCUUGGAGUGCUGCCAGGAAACAGGAGAUUUACAAGAGCUUUAAAGGUCGUCACCUGGCGGCAGCCAGCUUGCUGUCCUUCACUUAUCCCCCUAUCCUCUCCUCCCUGCUGUCUCUCCUGAGUUUUGAAAAAUGGGCGCAUGAAUGCUGGAGCCGUGGCUGCCGUUUGCCCGCAGAAAUCCCCCGGACUGGAUGCUUUCGAGGCUGUGAUAUGUGAAAAAGACACUGCAGUCGAGUUCAAGCGGUUUCAGCAUCAGUCACACAUUGUUUUUGUGUGUGUGUUUAUCCCACCACUGUUUUUUUUAUGUUGUUGUAUGAAAUAUAAUUGAGAGACUCAAGGAAAAAGGUGAGCACAAGAUAUCUGCACAUAAGAGAUGUUUAAGUAAGAGGGAGAUGAUGAAAUGAUAAAAGGUUGAGGGGUGAAUGUCCCCACAGGAAACGAAGACUUACAGCUGAGUUAUAAGUGGUUACCAGUGGAUUGUAUCCCGAGUGUUACAGCACAUUUCAACACUGAAUCUUCACUAACCAGGAUUUAAGGCAUGAAGUAAAAGCAGGUUUGAAGUUUAAUGCAUGUUGGACAUUUUUGCAGUGCAGUGCCACGAGCUUGGCUUUUCUCCCAGGGAUCUGAAACGCUCUCAUCCGGGAGUUAAUAAACACAAACUGUUUCCUGAAGGGCACAGAAAAUGUGCCGUCACACACACACACACACACUGCUCUCAGUCGGUUCCUGACUCUGGGUUUUGAAUCCACGCUCAGGGAGUUUGUUUUCCGUUCACUGUACCCAGAGCCCUCCACACAGAAACUGCAGAGUGUAAAUGCUUUGCGGUGCUUUUGCCCAGAGCUGCUUUGCAACCAUAUUUAAUUCCAGGAGGUUUAAAAACACUGAUGAGUCAAAAGAGAUCCAAACAUCGCACUUUCCUAACCAGACUCAGCUGUGUUAUGAACACAGCUCAGUGGUCGGAGGUUUAAUCCAGGACUAAUAAGGGGAACAGUGUACACGGGGAGAUGUAAUAUGUAAGUUACAACACAGUCACCAGAGUAAUGCUGGCAAUGUGCGUCUCUGCAACCACAUUUAAAAUGUUUGUUUUUGUUCAGUUUUUCAGCAACACUGCAAAUAUGGUCCGCUUAGGUUUAAUGCACAAAGAGCACUUGAUUAGGAACGGGAGGAGGUUUUUGUUUCUGUCACCACAAACGCAGCUGGAAAUCGUCCCAAACGUCUCAUCAGAAAUAUCUGGUUCUUGUCUCUGAGAUGGCUUGAAAUUGUCCCGACAUCACGAUAAAAACUUCAGGUUUUGAUGCCAUGAAGAAGGCUUGAAAUUUUCCUGACUUCUCAUAAAAGAUAUCAGUUUUUUGUUGCCGUGAACAACAGUUGGAAAAUGUUCCGACGUCUCAUCAAAAAUAUUAGUAGAUAAAUCGGUGUCAGUAUCUCAAACUGCAGUCUGUCACCUGUCCCGGCUGUCAGAUCACCUCCUCCUCCUCCUCCUCACAUCAAAGUCUGCUCAUACUCAUGAAAUCUGACGGUGAUGUGAAACAUAUUCUAAAAAUGACGAUGUGACUCAUACGAACACUUGUAACGCCUCCACUGGUUGCAGAAACGGACAAUGCCGGCGUUUCAUUCUGGCGACUGGCGACUUAAACACUGAAAAAAUCUACUUAACAAUUGUUCACUUGCAUCUCGUGCGUAACUGCUCGGCUAGUUCUACACUGACACGUUGAAAUGCUGCAUUUUUAUUUUAUAUAUUAUUUUUGAAUGACAUACGACCGACACGUGAUCAACACCUGUGCUUGAAUUCUCUUUAGCACUGAAAAAAAAAAGCUGAAAAACCAUCAGUCUAUUGAUCAGCUCAUUGCCAGAAAAAUAACAAACGACCUCUCUGUGAUGACGGAUUAUUCUCUUCACACAGCAGCUUCGUAGGAGCGCAGGUUUACUGUCAGACUUGUUUGGCCUCUGAAUUUCGGGAUGAAUUGUUUCUGACAGCGCGAUGUUUGUCCCGGUCUGCAAAUAAUAUUUGAUUUCUUUCGUGUUCAUUCAGAGUUCUCUCAGUUCUUAGAUGCCAUUUGGAGUUGCCAUCAUCCCUUUGUUGUUUUUUGUUGUUGUUGCUCUCACAUAUUACUGACACCAUCACUGACAUGUAUCUGAACUCUAAAGGAACUGCUCGGGUAAAAGCUGAACAUGCAAAAACAGUUACUGCUUUUUUUUGGCCAAUGAUUUCUUUCCUUUUGCCGGGUGUAUCGGCUGACUGAUACCUCCAGCCAUUUUUUUGUUUUGUUUUGUUUUAUGCUACAGUCCCAGUGAUAUCGGCAUAAAUAUGCAAUAGUGCCUUCACAGCCAAAUCAAAACAAGCUGAAAGCUGAAACAGUGAUGGAUCAUGACAUGGGUCUCCUAAUGUAAAAGAAAGGUGUCGCCCAUGUGCAGUGCAAUCAGAAUCUAAAUCUAUAUUAAGUUCUCUGCUAAAAAUGUUGUUUUAAUAGCUAAAGAUUUAAAAACCUGUUUGAGUUCUGCAGGUUCCAUGAUACAGGGUUUCAGCUGCGUCCCAAAUACUCUUGUACCUUUGCACAAGUUGAACUGUCACUUUAUUUUUGGCUCAUACCCGCCUCAGUCUGUAGAUCAUCACGAGGAAGCAGCAGCAGCACAGCGAGGCCUGUUUCCAACAUACAGCUGGUAUGGACUGACGUGCUCAGUGAAGGAAGUGAUUAAACCAAAAAAAGAUGGGUCGUUUUUUGUUUUUUUUCAACCAAUCAGAUGUCUAGCAGGGAAACACUUCACUUUACAGUCCUGAAAAUGUCAUGAAACGUAGGUGGUUAAUGACCAAGUAACAUGUUGGAAGUUUCUUUGAAAUCACUCCCAGUCACAACAGUAAUUACAUUUUUAAAAAAUGGUGAUUUCUUUGAUACAUUUCCGGGAAUCUUCCAAUUGAAAUUGGUGAAAAUGAAGCUGCAACAACUCACUGCAUGAUAAUAAAAAUGUCACGAUCACCAGACGUUCAUCAGAAACCAGCUGGAAGUUUCCUGGAAAUGUUGUAAAGAAAAUAACUGUGUACAAACUGCCUGUUGGACGAUAUCAGAAUGUUAUUAUUAAACAACACUGGGGUCAUUUUUUAAGUUCAGGGGUUAAACGGUGUUGCUUUUUAAUUACCACCUGCUUACCAUGACAUUUGCAGGCCUGUAAAAUCAAGUGUUGCCGUUAAUUUUAAACUCAGGAGGCCUGUGGAUAAUUGUUACGGUGUGAUAUCAGUAACAUCAGGGUGAGUUUUCUCCAUCUAGACGUACGGAUGUUAUGGAAAAAUGGCAACGUUCGAAGUUUGUCUUCUAUCCAGAGAAAUAAUCUUGAUUACUGGGCUUCUUGUUUGCACCAGUAACAAACUCCUCCACCUGCUGCCACUGUUAAAACAUGUCUGCUGAUAUUAUCGUUGCUCACUUGGACAGGCACAGUUAUUGUUUUCAUCUGAUGAAGAAUAAAGUAAACUGGGGUCAAAUGCCAAA